CGCUCACAAGCAUUACACACUCUGAUUAAGCCGUCCAUUCAUUCAUUCAGACUAUGCAAGUAUGCACUGUUUUGUCAAGCAGAUCUAGCCCAGCUCGAACGUUGUCACACCGUACCUACACACACAGCAAAGUACAGCAGCAACAGCCAUCAGAGAGAGGCGGGGAGCUGCAGAGAGAGACCGACGUGAGCUGUCUGACUAUCCCAGGGUUGUUGUGGUCAGGCCAUACCUGACGCAUACACACAGCACACACGAAGAGUAUCCAUCCACCAUACGAGAAGCGCCAAGCCACCCACCCACUCACCAUUUGUUGAGGCCGCCAUUGAGGUGACUGACUUCGCUGCCGUCCGAGUGCUGCGGUUUGAGAUACAUCCGGCUGGUGCGGAACACCUCACCCAUCCCGUACCUGAACAGGGACGAUCAGACAUCGUCAUGCUCGAAUGAGGCGCUUCUCAACGUGGGCCUACGUGUCUGGCAGGUGAUGGCUGUGUGGGUUCUUGUCGGUGUCAAUGCAGUCCAGGUAGACGGGAAUGGUCGAUGAGCCACCUGCAGGCGACAGACAAACAUGAAAGAACGGAAAACGGCCCCUGCUGUCUGUCGCGGCGCUGCUGCCCACCUGACAACUCUUUGGCCUUGCUGUCCUUGACGAGGUCCACAGCGGCGCCGAACAGCGCCUCAGCAGUGGGCAAGCCGUCAGCGAAUAAAGGGCCAACUUUGAACCCGCGGAAGCACUCGCGAAUCACGAUAUAGCCCUCAAUGUUGCCAUCGUUGGCUCGAUGGAUGAAGCACGCAUUGUUCUUGACCCACGGCAGCAGGAAGCUCCGCCGGCCGCAGCCGAACACCGCUGCGUCAUAAGCCACCAGCUGAUCAAACACAGCCGCGUCAUCAGCCGACAGCCGGCUCACGCCGCUGGCUGACGCGUCAUCCCUCUCGAUGACUGUGGUCGAUGUCACCCUGAGCUCAUAGCGGACCGACGAGAAGGCCACCUCAAAGCCGCUCUUUGCGUAUCUGUCUCUCUGCUCGACCACCGCAUCGAGUCCGAAGACGACAUCAGAGCCGCCGUCACGCUGGCGGCCGUGCUCCAGUGCACCGUUCCACAGUGCUGCCCCGAUGCCCUUGCGACGAUGCUCCUGGGCAACGAUGAAGAAACCGAGGAAGCAGUAGCGGAAUGGGCGGCCGUCUGUCGUUGUGAGUGGGUACUGGACACACGAGAUGCAGCCGAUGGGGACGGUGCCUGGAUUGGGAGACUUGGACUCGGCGACAAUGUAGCCCUCGCUGUCAGUCGCGAGGAAGGCGGACGCGUCGGACAAACCAGGAUUCCUGCGUUCGACAAGUGAAUUGACAUGCGUCGCAACAACUUAGAUCUGCGAUUGCUUUGGCUCUUACCAUCCCUCCUGCCGUGCCAUCUCGACACAGAACUGCACCUCAGCAUCGCCCUUCAUCAAACGCAAGGCCAGCGCUUGCAUGCCCUCAACAGAUCUUGGAAACAUUGGAAUGGACCAAAAAUGAUCAAGCCACCACCCCGAGGCUUCCACAGGCUUCUGGGAUGCCGGAAGC